CGCCAUGUCUCUCCGGUAACACUAACAGCCAUUGUCAGUCGACCACCACUCGCCGUCCUGCCAGCACCCAACAAGUUUAAUUAACCGAGAAAAGAUGGAAAAGAAGACUGCGGGAGGUGAAGGAUGGCGGGUCUGGAUGAAGAGGAACAUGUCGUAUCAGCCAGAGUUGAUGCCCAUCAAGAUCAUCCUUUUCUUUUUCUUUGCUGGUCAAGCUGCCUACCUACCGUUUCUGACCCUCCACAUGCAGACCCUGGGAAUCACAUUCAAGGAGAUCGCAACUAUUUACUCCUUCCUACCCAUCUCAUCUCUCCUUGGACCUCCAACCUCAGGUCUCAUGGCUGAUACCUUCGGAACAUACAAGCUGGUGAUGGUGGCGAACAUGAUACUCAGUGUGUUACUUCAUGUCGCUCUCCUGUACAUACCUUCCCGUCCCCUCGCGCCAUCCCUCACAUUCACCUGUGAUCCUGAAGGUUACCACCUAAUCUGGCAGAGUUGUGACCUUUGUCACGAACACCGCAACCACACCCAAGUGCAGCUGACACUCGAGAACUGCAAGUACCAGUGCGAGACCCCACCAGAGGAGGACCCUCGAAUCUGCCUGGGUGUUGAUGAUCAGAGUCACUGCAUCGCCCUCAACCUCACCGACCAGAUCCUUACGAACGGAACAGUGGUAUCAUGGCUUGAGGAGGACACCUGUAGCCACACCUGGUAUGACCUAAUGUACGAGGACAAAGUGUUCCAGGGCCUCGCCUGCCCUUCACAGUGCUCUUUGGAGUGCCAGGUGAAUGGAGCGCCGCCCUGUAAUCAUCCUGACGACCCUACAAACAGUUAUAAAACCUUCUGGUUGUACUUUGGCAUACGAAUGGUUGGCACCUUCUUCAUGUCGUCUGCUUUCACCAUGUGUGAUGCAACGACCCUGGCACUCCUGAAACAACACGGAGGUCAGCUAGGCAUCCAACGUCUUUACACCCUUUUGGGGUUCUCUGUGGGACCCUUGUUGGCGGGAUUCCUCGUUGACAAAUUCAGCACUAACUCAGCUGUGCCAGAUUACUCUUCGUCACUCUACCUGGGCUUAGUAUUUGUCCUUCUUCAGCUCCCACUCGUCUCCAGACUACACUUUACGGUGGAUAUGGCAGGGGAUAACGUGAUGCGGCACCUGGCCAAGUUGAUGACCCGGAUGGAGAUAAAUGUAUUCCUGGUGAUGAUUCUCCUUCAGGGUUCUAACUGGGGCUUCAUCGAAAGCUUCCUCUUCGUCUACCUUAAGGAGCUCGGUGCACCUACUUAUCUUUUAGGUUUGACGUUGACAGUGGGGAAUAUAGUGGGCGCCCCGCUGAUGAUCAUUCUGGACAGGGUGGUGGAUAAGCUCAGCCGUCCUGUCGUCUUCACCAUCUCUUUCCUCACCUACUCUGUCAGGCAUUUCGGAUACUCCUUCAUAAAUGACCCAUGGUUGGCCUUCCCCUUUGAAAUCCUUGAAGUGUUCACGUCUCAACUUAUGUGGUUGGCAGCACUCUCCUACUGCCCCAUCCUCGCACCUAGGGGCCUCCUUGCUACCAUGACUGGCCUUGCUGGCUCAGUGCACUACUCCCUCGGUCGCGGGGCAGGGUCUUUGCUGGGUGGGGUCCUCAUCAGCACCUACGGCACCACCUCUGCUUUUAGAAUCUUUGGUUACAUGUCCCUGAGCUGUGGGAUCCUCUACUAUAUAGCCCACCACUUCUACCUCAAGGACAAGUUGGCAGCCAGAGAGGAAGAGGAGGAACUUCCUGAAGAGCAAGUGGAAGAGAAGAAGUCCAUGUUGGAAAAGAGCUCUACACUAGGCAGCACCUACGAAAUGGCUGCUAUCACCCACUGAGGUUCUUCUCUACCACCAACGACUUCCUACAAAUACUGUACUCUCACACCCUUCACUCAAUCACAUUUGUAUGCAUCAUGUUCUUAAAAGUCUUAAAAGUCAUUGCUUCAGCAUGUACUGUACAGUUGCAGACUAAAUUCCCUGAACACUUGGCAACAGGUAGUAGGCAGCUACCAAACA